CAGCUGUCAACAUUAAAAUCAUCACAGCAGCAGAAGAGCGACCUAAAGCGAUGUACGUAAUGAGAUGCAUCACAGGUGAUCACCAAGUGAAACCGUUGUACAUGUUCCAUGAAGCACAAGCCAAAUUCGAGGUUGGCAACUACUACAAACUCGUAGGCUAUACUUCAUUUGAGCUAGCAAACCACGAAAGUGCCAUCAAAGUCAAUGCAAAGACCCGAAUUUUCCACUGUCAACCAUUCUUCAUCCCGGCUGAAAUUGAAGAACAAUUCUUCCACGCUGACCCUGUGAGCGUCGAGGAAGCACUCCAGCUACCACCAUACCGACGCGCAUCCAUCAAAGGCAUAUUGACCUAUGUCUCACCGGUCAAGGAGGCCACAGGUUGGAAACGGAAGACACUCCACCUCUCACAAACAUCAUGCCCGAACAAAGUCGUUGUGAACCUUUGGAAUCACAUGUCAUCAACUCCGGUCCCACCCAUGAGAUCUAUGGUAGAAGUCACCAACGUUGAGACAUCCUUGUAUCAAGGCCAGAUCUCAUUCAACACUACACCUGAAACAAAUAUCAAGGAGCAACUUGCAACUGACACAAAAGACAUCAACAUCACUGCAUACUGUGAAGAAAGAUUCAACGUAACUCUUCUCUCUGACACUGACGAAGAGUUCUAUGUGCCUGAGCAAAUGCUCCUCGACUUCGCAAACAUCAAAUCCUUGCACAACUUCCAGCUGCCAAUGUGUGCUCAAAUGACAUACAACAUGACAACCAAAGUUGUGCAGAGUAUCAAACACAUCACCGAUGACUCUGAAGCCUCCACAUCAAAGACUACCUUGGCAGUAGAUUAAAGGCUGAACCAUCCUGAGGAAUCUCAGCCAUCCUGAGGAGUCAACUUCAAAUCAAAACUGAUCACUGCAAAUAGUUUAAAAAAUCAGAACAAAAUUCACCAUCUAUUGAAUCAUAAAACUAAAGUCUUGAGUCAUUUGAUUAUUAAAAAAUGUCCACAUUAAUGUUUUAAUCAAACCAAUAUUUUCUAAAUAAUUAUUGCUUUUAAUUACGUACUCCAUGGGUGACUCAAAAAAGCAAUACCCAAAUGUCGUGACUAAUCUUUAAGUUAGGUUCUGCAUGUAGCACUUUCAAAAUCUAGCAUAUGCAAGCCCAAUCCAUAACCUUUCAUUUAGUACAACAAUCAUUUAAAUCACUUAGGUACUUUACUACUUUUUAAACACUACAAUCUAGAAUUUUAAACACAACCACCAUUUUAAAACAUUUUCCUCAGAUCACAAGAAGGUAAGUCUUCUUUCAGCCAAACAAAAACAGAUCACAUAGGAAUGUGUAUGAAUUGUUUUCAUUUUGUUGAAACAACACCCACCUUUCUUGUCAUCCAUGAACGGAUUUUCAAACAUUGGUUGUGUUUAAAAUUCCAUAGCGUGAAAAGAACAUGAGUGAUCUGAAUGAUUCUUGUACUAAAAAAAGGAUUCUGAAUUGGGCUUUCAACUUCAUACAAUAGCUGUCAAAUUUGCUGACUUGGUUCACCCUCUCUGCUUGACCAUUAUCACCAACCAUAUAAUAAAGUUACAGGCCCACAAUUUACAUAUAACAGCUACGUGCAGAACUGCACUAAUCAUCCCAACAUUUGGGUUGCUGCUUUUUUGACUCACCCUAUACAUGCAUUUGCUUAGCAGUAAAUGAAACAGUUGAAUAAGGCUAAAAAAAAAAAUAUUCGGUCUCUGGUCAGACCAAAGUUCCGGAAUUGACGCAGCCC